GUGGUUGGGGGCGGGGGGGGGGAACCCUUUAAAAGCCGAGGGGUGACAGCAAACGGUACGAUUCAGUUUGAUUUUCUACUGAAGCAACAACAACACAACAGCAACCAUGGUUGAGUGGACUGAUGAAGAGCGCACCAUCAUUAAUGACAUCUUCUCCACCUUGGACUACGAAGAGAUCGGUCGCAAGUCUCUGUGCAGGUGUCUGAUCGUGUACCCCUGGACCCAGAGGUACUUCGGCGCCUUCGGCAACCUGUACAAUGCAGAGACCAUCAUGGCCAACCCCCUGAUCGCAGCCCACGGCACCAAGAUCCUGCACGGUCUGGACCGGGCCCUGAAGAACAUGGACGACAUCAAGAACACCUACGCCGAGCUGUCUCUGCUCCACUCUGACAAGCUGCACGUGGAUCCCGACAACUUCAGGCUGCUGGCCGACUGCCUGACCGUCGUCAUCGCCGCCAAGAUGGGCACCAAAUUCACCGUGGAGACCCAGGUGGCGUGGCAGAAGUUCCUGUCUGUCGUCGUCUCCGCUCUGGGCAGACAGUACCACUAGGCUGACAUUCCAAGCCGCAGAGUGGGUGAUCUCCAGCCAUCCCAUUCAUCAUCACCGAUCUACCAUCAUCCAGGAGUGGUGGGCGGGCACUGACUCUCAAGGGCCCUGAUUGACAGCACGCAGCCCUUUAAUAUGCUCCACUCUGUUGAGGUGCUCUGCAUCAUUACCUGUGAAUUCAUGUCAUCCGAAUCUGAUAGUAUUGCUGUGCAACAUUGUUAUAUUUAUCCCACAGUAAAAUCAUGUUGAGCACUUCACGA